AUGAACCGUCCUGUGAGAGUGCGGAUUUGGGUGGAAGAGAACCGGGACUCCUUCCUUCCUCCUGUCUGCAACAAGCUCCUGCAUCAGAAGCAGCUCAAAGUCAUGUUCGUCGGGGGCCCCAACAUCAGGAAGGACUACCACAUCGAGGAGGGUGAGGAGUUGUUUUAUCAGCUGAAGGGCGACAUGGUUCUCCAAGUCCUGGAACAAAGGAAACACCGGGAUGUGGUCAUUCGGCAGGGAGAGAUAUUCCUCCUGCCUGCUGGGGUCCCCCACUCUCCACAGAGGUUUGCUAACACUGUGGGGCUGGUGAUUGAGCGGAAGCGGCUGAAAACCGAGCUAGAUGGACUCAGGUACUACAUGGGAGACACUGCGGAUGUCCUCUUUGAGAAGUGGUUCUACUGUGAGGACCUUGGCACACAGCUGGCCCCCAUCAUCCAGGAGUUCUUCAUCUCUGAGCAGUACAGAACUGGAAAGCCCAUCUCUGACCAGCUGCUCAAGGAACCACCAUACCCCCUGAGCACACGAUCUGUCAUGGAGCCCGUGUCCCUGAAGACCUGGCUAGAUGGCCACCACGAGAAGCUGCAGGCAGGCACACCCCUCAGCCUGUUUGGGGACACCUAUGAGACCCAGGUGAUCGUCCACGGACAAGGCAGGAACAAAGGCCCGAGACUGGACGUGGACAUGUGGCUGUGGCAGCUGGAAGGCUCCUCUAUGGUGACGAUGGGGGGACAGUGCCUGAGCCUGACCCCUGAUGACAGCCUCCUGGUGCCUGCUGGGACUGAAUAUGCCUGGGAGCGAGAGCAAAGCUCUGUGGCCCUGGCUGUGACCCAGGACCCCGCUCGCAAGAAGCCUCUGGAGUGA